AUGAAGAUUUUCAAUCCGUCGCCACUGUUCGCCGUCGAGUAUUUGACGAUAAUCGGUUUGGCGGCAGCGGCGAUCGGUCGCGCCACAUGUUCCGGCGAUUACGGUCCGGCCGGACACCCCGGCGCGCAAAUAAUAAAGACGCGGCCGGGCCCUGUCCGGUGGCCGUGCGCGAUAGAUUCCAAAACGUUUUUUGGAGGACUGUUCGACUCCCGGCGGCAGAGCAAACCGAAACCGUCGCGCGGUGAUCGCGGUCGCGCGACCGUCGUGCACCCGAACGACGCGAAUGUUGCGGUACCCGACGUCGGCGACGGCGGAGGGCCAACAGUUUUCGGCGACGAACAAGAGUGCGAGUCGGCCAACGACGGGCGGCCGUGCUUGUGUUACACGCCGGACUUUUUCGAUUCGGUGGGCCGACUGUUGGACGAGGCGACGGCGACGUUCGCGUGCCGCUCGUACAAGGCGGUCGCGUCGGUGUUUGUCGUUUCUCCGUCGUCGCGGGCCGGGACGACGACCGCCGUCGUUUCGGCGCAGAGUCCCGAGGGAACCGACGAAACUGCGACGGGCGAAGCGUGGAACGAAGUGGACUUCGACCGUGUCGCCAACUAUCGGUUGGAAGUGUCUGAAGACGGUGAUUUAACGGUUUUUUAAUAGUCUAGUUCGAAAACCAACGGGAUAACCCGCUACGGCGGCUAUUUUACGAUUGCCCGCGGGCCCGCCCGAAAUUACUAUUUCUUAUAACAACGAACAAAAGUGACAGGGUCGUAUUUAUAAGUAAUGGUAUUGUUUUUUUUUUUUUUUUUUUGUUAAUUUUUUUUUUCAUAUAUAAAAUAUGAGAACCACACUGGACUAUACAUCUACAGGCUAGUGCGUUUUACGUUUUCCGUGAACAUAAUGCAUAAUAUAUAGUUUUUAUAGGAGACAAUCUGGAAUAAGUGGAACGAUAUGCUUGAGGAAUAACGCUUGAAUAAAAGAGACUAAGGAUUAGUAGAAGCAAAACGAAGUACACAGAGUAUAUGUUUGGAGGAACAGGAGGUUGACAGGAGAAUAAGACACCAAAUGACAAUAAUCGGUGAUGUGGCGGCAGUGAGGUUGAGAGCUUGAAGUACCUAUGAUCUUUUGUUAAAAAAUAACGGUGACUUUGACGAUAACGUAAAACGUAGCAUUGAGUGCGGUUAAGUGGAGAGAAGCGCCAGGUGUUUUAUGUGACAAGAGGAUUCAAAUAUAAUUCAAAGGAGGUGAGUUUUACAAGAGUGUUGUGAGACCGGAUAUGUUUGUAUAGUUUGGAAUUUUAGGCGGUAGAUAGGAUAAGGAAUGGAAACAUAAUAGGUAACUUAAAUGUAGCUUCGAUAGUGGACAAAACGAGAGAAAAUAGACCGAGAUGGUUUGGACAUUUCAUGAGAAGAAACGAAUCAUUAGCAGUGUAUGAACUGUAAUGAAAAUUGGGUGGCUGACCCCAAAUAAUUGGGAUGAAGGCUAAGGGGAAGAAGAAAAGUAAAAGAAGAAAAAGUAUAUAAUAUUAAACAUGUAUAUGAUAUUAUAAUAUGAUCGUUUCUUUUCCAAAGUCGAGUCGAGGGGCGGAUGGAGGGUAAGACUAAAACGAUUGAUAAAAUAAUUGAGAUCAAAAUUCAAUGUGUUUUUUGAGUUGAACGUUUUUUCUUGAACUAAUUUUCUUGUUGUAUGACGUUUAAAACAUUUGUUCAUGUGUACAAGGCCCCUAAAACGAAUCAGCGCUUGCCCUCCUUGGUCACUCUGCUCGUGUUGUAUAUACUUAACAGUCAUUAAAUGAUGUGUUCAUAUUAUAUUUUAGAUCACUUCAAAGUACACUACGGUCUGUCGGGGAGUGUCGUUAAGAUUCGAUGUUUGGCCAACAGCACAGGAAUAUACGCGUUCAAAUGGGACUAUAAUAAAAACAAACUCAAAACGAGUAAAACCAAAAAUAAAUAUUCGUCACUAUGUUAUAAUAAUAGAUCUCCCUAUUUCACGUGUACACGUAUUCGCGUGGAUUCAACAUUUUAAUCUAUAAAACAGUGUACCAAACAAAUCCGUGUACGCGUAUAUUCACCUAGUGGUUCACGUAUUUUCACUACGUAUUCACGCGAAUAACACUAAAAUAUACGCAAACACUGAUAAUAAAUCCACGUGUAUUAAAACGUAUAUAUAUAUAUGUGACUACAUUCAAUCGAGUAUAUUCAUCAUCACGGAAAGUAUUAUCUUUUUGUAAAAAAAAAAUAUUACAAUUUAAGCAAGAAUCAGCUAUACUAGGUUGCCAUUUGAAAAUCAAUAGUAUGUAGUUAUUUUAUCCGUGAAAAUAAGAGUGAUAAAAAUAGCGGUAUAAUGUAUAACUUUAGAGCUACUUGUUCAUUAAAUAUCGUUAAAAAUGUUUUGAAAAAAUUUAAUACAUUCGGAGAUAAUGAGUGUACCCACUUAAACGGAUCACCUUGUAUGUAAUAUGUUUUACUAUUACCCCUUGAAUAUCUCCGGAGAUAUUCAAUGGGGUAUAUCUUCGUGGGACAGUCUGUCUAUAGUGGACGUCACCGUUUUAUUUCUGCGUUUGUUUUUUCGUCAGAUUCCACGAUCAAUGGUACGGACACGAAUGUUCUGUUGAUUUUGCGUCUGCAUCCCAAAGAUAGUAAAAACUACACUUGCACAGCGGACAUGAUCGGGCGUGCACAAAUCAAGCCAAGUGUCUACACGCAUUACGUUAUAGGUAACCUAACCGAUAAUACAUAUUAUGAGGCACCUAGAACACAACGGGUACAAUUGAUAUUUUUUUAAAAAUCUAAGUCAAAUACGUAACUGAACUAUAUAAUUUCCAUUUAAUUUUGUGGUAGGCUAAGUUAGGUUAACCCAAGUAAAUAAGUACAAACAUCCACAACGGCUGUUAACACACUUAUUAUUAUGUCUCUUUAUACUCUACCGAGUGUCUAAAACUUUUUUUAUAUAAUUCGAAUACAAGAACACUGAUGAUUUGAUAAUCGUAUAUAUUACUGUAUAAAAAUCACCCAAAUUUAGGUGCGAUGUACUCUAAAACUACUCGACUGCGAUUUUAUUAAUAUAAUGCUUUAUUUGGUCCAACUUAAAAGAUAGGAUAGUCUUCAACGUUCCAUUCUGAAUCCCGUGAGAAUUAUGUAGGGGUUUUUAAUUAUUUUUGAUUUUUACUUUUUUAUUUUUGUAUAUUCGCUGGUAACCUUGGUGAUAUAGAUGAUAAUUCGGUUGUCAAGGACAAGAAAACUACCAUUAUUAUUAUUUACACUAUUAUCUAGCAAUAGAAAAGCGUUGCCAGGUCAACUAGUAUACUACAAUAAUUAUGCUAAAUACAAAUAACUUUAAAUUUGAUUUUUUCAAAAUCGAUAAAAUGUCACUCAUACACCUCUUGGGUUCUAUGCGCUUCAAAUAAUACGCCGGCCAACGAUUAAAAUAUUACAAUAAUACCGCGACACUAUCGCACAUACGUUUCUCCUCUGCUGUAGCAUAUAGUAUUGACGAUUUUUUCAACGGGAAGGUUAAUCAGAAUGUCGCGUUGUCUUGAUAACGUUUAGCAUUAAAAAGUUCAAUUUUGAAUAUUUAUUUGAAUUUGUAUACAUUAUAGUAGCUAAAUUGAGUAUAAAACCAAUAUUAUAACCAUUGUAAUCGCCCGUUUUCCUCGUGGUCCAUUAUUAACCAUGAGUUUGGUCGGUAUUUCGGUCGCCACCAUACAUAGAUCUCUUGAUUAUAAAACGUAACAUUUGAGUACGGUAUGCCUUUUUAAAAAUAAAAACACAAUUUUUCAAAAAGAAAAAAUAAAAUCAACCUAUUAAUAGAAUUUCAGAUUAACUUUUAACUUGGCUAAUUUAUAACACCGUCAACUCGUAACGUGCUAAUUCGUUAAAUCGCUUUCAAUUAACUUCGCUCAGUUAUUAUAUAAUUCGUUUAAUUGCUCAGUCUCGUUACGGCUUAUGUACAGUGGCGCAUUUAGAAUAUAUGUGCCCCUGGGUGAAACAAUUUUAUUGCCGCCCCUCUACUCUCACUUAUUUUCACCCAUUACUUUUUACUACCACAGACAUUUCCUCUUCACCCUUAAUUACUGAAAAAUACACCCCUUAUUGUUUUGAAUAACAUUUUAAAACGCAUAUCCUAGAGUUUAACAAUUUACAAUUUCAAAAUCAAAAUAUUUUAUUCAAAUAAAAAACCAUACCAAAUGAUGACAUAAGUAAAUUUUACACGUUAUCAUUCGUUUCACUCAUAUCACAUUCAACUCAAAAUAAUUUGAUACCAUAAUCAUUUAUCACUUAUUACUUAUAAUUUGGGAGUACAAAGUGUAGACAACACAAUGUAAAAAAAAGCCUAUACAAAAGGCGACUGUACUCGAUAUAAAAUCACUUAUGGUCCUUUUAUACAACAGCGUUUACAACAAUUACUUAUUACUUAUAAAAAUAAAAUCAAGAUUAAUAAAUCUAUUAAUAGUCAAUGAUUCUAUUAAGUGUUAUACAUUUUAAUUUACAAAUUAAUAUAUUCAUUAUAACUGCUGCCCCUAAAACUGUUAACAUUUUGAUGCUGGAGUCAUUCGCCCCCCCCCCUAAAUGUGCCACUGCCUAUUUAUAACGAGCUAGUAGCUUGUUAUUUCCCCUGCACGAGCGCGAAAUAGCUCAAUUAUUGAAGCAUUAUACAUUUUGCGUUUCAUAUGUGACUCGCUAAGCUUUUGGUAAUUUUAUUUGAUUGUAACAAAACGCAGAUAAACGACAGAACCGUUUAUUUGACACGAUACAAAAAUAUGUACGAGCGUAACACAAGCGAAAUGAUACUGUGUAAACGGCGAUACUAUACAUUAACCCAGUAAAAAUACAUUGAUGUAAGUUACACGAUGUUAGGAACACCGAAGAAAAGUCUUUACAAUACAUUAACAUUCGUGUUUAUGUUAUAGCCGUGGGCAGACCCAUUUACGAAAUACGGGGUUCGGCGUUUUACAAGACCGUCGGCGGUUGCACACAAGAAAUAAUUAACCCUAUGCGAAAACAGCUACCCGGUUUCGUGCAAACCGAAAUGUGUCCCGAAGGAUCUUCGCGGUACGCGUGUAACGUCGUUGUAGAAUCUUCGAAAUGUUCCGAAGACGAAGUAUACCGAUAUGUUUUUGAUUGUUUUUAUCAUAUUGUCUACAGCUUGUAGACACUUCAUAAUUCGUAAUAAUUUAAUGGUGUGGAUUUCGUUAAGCUAUUGGAAACCAUCAUUUUCGAAGAAUUUUACGAUUUUAAGUAUAGCAUACUUGUACAGAAAUUAAAAUAAUAUAUUAAAGUUGGUCUAGAUGUAAGCGGGGUGCAAUAUUCAUGGUCGGAAAAACUAUAAUAUAUUCGCAGUAACUUUGUCGUAUUCAUGAAUUACACACGAUCUCACUCGGACCUAUAUACUCGAUUACAGUUUAAUGAAAAUAUCAAGAAAAAAGAUGUCCUAGAAUAAUGGGGACGGAUGCAGCCACUGUUGUAGUUGGGAAGUUGGGAAAGUAGGACAUAGACAAGAAUUUAAUGUUUAUCUAUACUCAACGAUUAGUCAUUGCUAACAAAAAAUGAUUCUGAGUGGAGUUCGGUUGAUAGUGUUGUUUCUUUAACAACAUGUCAUAUUAUGGUAAAAUAAUUACAUUUGUAUUAGACGUGUUCUUUAAUAAUAUUUGUUUAAUAUUGUAUCUACCUAUUUUCCUGGUUUUCCCGUUAAUUGGAAAAUUAAAAAAAUGACCUCCCUAAAGUACCUUCUCAGUCUGAUUUAUCUUUAGAAAAGUGCUACCGUUGUGAAUCUGAGCAAAAUUGCUGGCAAAAAAGUUGUUUACAAAAAAAAAAAAUAAACACCAUUGUAACACCAACACAUUCCUCGCUCCAUUCAGAAUCUAAAACGAACUAUUAACUAAAACUAUAUUAUGACCUAUAGUAAUUAGGUAUAUAUUAUGCAUGUGUAUUGUAGUUAAAAGGUAUAUUUUGGAGAAUACAAAUUGAUUAUUAGGUUUUUUGAAAAGUGUGUAUAUCAUUGAACAAUAACUUCUAAUAUGGUUCAUUCACAAUAACCACGUCCACGUGGUAUAAUGCAACCUAACCGUAAUAUUAUUGAUCACUGUCAUUUUUCCGUGAUAACAGAGUACGUUGGAAGUCAAUUACACGGUCACGUCAAACGAUAAAGCUGGUUACUGGGUUCAGAUCGCGGCCAGCAAGACGGGUCGAAACGUCUUAUUUUACCAAAAACUACUGGCGAAAAUAACGAACGUCUUAGUCGGAAACUUGAAGAAGACCUUGUCGGUUCCAAGUGAAUAUGCCCGCUGUUCAUAACUUAAAAAAUGCAUAAUAAUAAUAAUACUGUGCUCAGUCGCGGUAAUUAUCGGUCACAUUACCGCUGUAUUUUCGUUUGCAGUCGUGUCAAAGUAUUCGAUGAUCGACGCGCAUUUCGUGCCAAAUCGCGAUCGGAUGAACGUGACGGUUUUUGUCUCGUGUGCGCCGGGUUUCGGGAUACAUGAGGUAUUCUGUACCGCUUGUCCCCCACACCACUAUAGCCCGGAUAAAUCAACCGAUUGUUUGAAAUGUAACGCGGGUUUCCAUCAGCUAGUUGCCGGGUCUGCGAAGUGUGUCAAGUGUCCGCACCUUUUUGCCAAUGGUUGUUUAUUCGUGAGUAUAAUAUUUCAAACCCUAAGCGUGUAUAACAUUAAGCGAAUGAUCGUUCCAGCACUUCCGCUCCCUACUUUUUACACAUUUCUAGGGUUAAGCGAUUGUACCGCGCCACUGAUGGAUACUGAAUAGACUAAUACUGGGAGUCUAGGUCCAUAGACGCAGGUAGGACAGGGUUUUGGGAGGGCAGCUAUUAGCUCACGCAAAAUUAUCAGCCAAGCCUCCCCCUCCCAAAAUAUUUGGGCUUUUUUCAGCCUACAAUAAUAUAUAUCAUAAAUUAUCGUAUAUUGUUGUUGUAUCUGAUUAUACGCGUAUUUGUUAAGAAUUUAUGACAUUCUAAGACUUCGAUUAAUCAUAGCUUAUAAAGGUUAUAAUUAAAGUUUCUCCGUAUACUUAUAUUACUAUUGGCGAAUAAAAUAUAGAUGCUCUGUUCGACCAAAAAAAUGUUUGGCUUAAAACAGCGUCCCCUGACGACAUUUGUUUGUGACUACAUUGCAUAAAUCAUCAAUUAAUUUUUAUUAGUUUCUCUUCACGUCUAUGUUUGUCAUGAUUCCAUUAAUUCGGGUAUUUUCCCAUAAAAUAUAUUUAUAGUUAUUUAUAAUUGUAUACAACUAGCACAGUGAAUGGAAAUUUGUUUAGUUAAAACUAACCGAACCGAUUUGCCCGAGCAUCGUGCUGAAGAUUUAUAAUAUUUCCUUUAUCCAUGGUUAUCAGUACAUUUAGUAUGAAAUUUGAAAAAAUAAAAAAUCGCGAAAAAAGUUUCUUGUCUGAUAGUCAUCGUGAAGUAUAUAUUCAAUCAUCACUUAGUACUUAUGUACGUAUAAUCGGACUGUAAAUUAUAUUAUAUUCUGUGAUUGGAUUUUCGUACAAAUGUUAAUUCGUUCUAUUAGAUAUUUAUACAUUAUUAUUAUGUACACCUACAUGUUUGUUGUUUAUAGGAUCUGGUUCCGGCACAAACUUACUACGUGGUUUUCGUCUGUUUUUUAGUUGUCUUAUUAAUGCUCGCGGUGUUCAGCGUGUGCUGUUUCCGCGAAGAAAACGAAACAAGUAAGCUUACGGUCACUGUGUCUUGUCUCCUAUAAUGUUAUAUCUAAACGAAAGUGUCUCGUCCAUAGGACGAAAACUUAAAAGUCUGGUAAAGUUGAAUAGAAAACCCAAACCAAAAGUACCGUCCGGCAGUGUACCCGGAAAAUUCAGACAGAUGGAUGAAGAACAAACUAUACCAAACGAACAAACUCAUAUGUAG